UCAUUGUACUAAGAUCUGCACAGGCUUCUGGAGCCAGCGCCGCCGCCGUCUGUCCUCUGGCGGAGGCAUUUGCAUUUGGUACAGACCUGAAGCAGAUUUCCGCCGACGAGCGCGGGACCGCGAAGGAACCUCUGCAAACUUUGCUCAUCCAUACUGCGCGUGUGCACCCGGAACAAAACGGCGCCAAUCCACGUUUUCCGUUGGUCACUGGAACGUCAGAUCAAAGUUAAAAUCGGGGUUUGUUGCGUGUCGGCGCCAGGUCGGGGGUUGAAGAAGUGCAGACGGAACUAGAUCCUCAGGCGGAGUAGCACACAGUCCUCAGCGCAGCAGCGCAGCAGCGCAGCGGAGCACCUUCAGCGCUGAUCUGGGUCCAGACAGGCUGAGAGCCGCAGCCGGGAUGCUUCGGGGAACCGUCUAAAGGCACCAACAACCUGUCCAACUGCUGCUGGGCCGUUCGAAAGGCGGUCGCCUCCGAGUUGCGCCCAAACUCACCGACUUUUCGACACCGGACGGACUUAACUGAACUCAAUAUGUCAAUUUUGCCUUUCACUCCCCCGAUCGUCAAAAGACUUCUGGGCUGGAAGAAAGGCGAACAGAACGGCCAGGAGGAGAAAUGGUGCGAGAAGGCGGUGAAAAGUCUGGUAAAGAAGCUGAAGAAGACGGGACAACUGGACGAGCUGGAAAAAGCCAUCACAACUCAGAGUAUCAACACCAAAUGCAUCACCAUCCCGCGGUCUCUGGAUGGACGCCUGCAGGUCUCCCACAGGAAGGGUCUGCCCCACGUCAUCUACUGCCGCCUGUGGCGCUGGCCCGACCUUCAGUCCCACCACGAGCUGCGAGCGGUGGAGCUGUGCGAGUAUGCCUUCCACACAAAGAAGGACGAAGUGUGUGUCAACCCGUACCACUACCAAAGGGUGGAGACACCAGUGCUUCCACCAGUGCUGGUGCCCAGACACACAGAAAUCCCCAGUGAGUUUCCGCCGCUGGACGACUACAGCCAUUCGAUCCCAGAGAACACCAACUUUCCUGCUGGCAUUGAGCCCCAGAGCAACUACAUACCCGAAACCCCACCACCAGGCUACCUCAGUGAGGAUGGAGAGACCAGCGAUCACCAGAUGACCCACAUGGACACAAGUUCCCCCAGUCUUUCACCCAAUCCUGUUUCCCCAGCCCACAACAACUUAGACCUUCAGCCAGUGACAUACUGUGAGCCGGCCUUCUGGUGCUCCAUCUCAUACUAUGAGCUAAACCAGAGAGUAGGAGAGACCUUCCAUGCCUCCCAGCCCUCUCUGACAGUGGAUGGAUUCACAGACCCGUCCAACUCCGAGCGCUUCUGCCUGGGCCUCCUGUCUAAUGUCAACCGCAAUGCAGCUGUGGAGCUAACGCGCCGACACAUUGGCCGUGGAGUUCGACUAUACUACAUCGGAGGAGAAGUGUUUGCGGAGUGUCUCAGUGACAGCGCCAUUUUUGUCCAGAGCCCCAACUGUAACCAACGCUACGGUUGGCAUCCGGCCACAGUCUGCAAGAUCCCUCCAGGAUGUAACCUGAAGAUUUUCAACAACCAGGAGUUUGCUGCUCUUCUGGCCCAGUCAGUCAAUCAGGGCUUUGAAGCCGUGUACCAGCUCACCAGGAUGUGCACUAUACGCAUGAGCUUCGUCAAGGGCUGGGGAGCAGAGUACAGGCGACAGACGGUGACCAGCACCCCCUGCUGGAUCGAGCUGCACCUCAACGGGCCGCUGCAGUGGCUCGACAAGGUGCUCACCCAGAUGGGCUCCCCCAGCAUCCGCUGCUCCAGCGUCUCCUAACGGGGCGCGUCCCCCAGCACCUUCCUGCCGCGGCUAGAAGCCAGGCCUCGGCUGCACCAAGAGCAGGGCAGGAUGCGCUCUGUCCACUUUUACUUCUUUACAUGUUUGUGGGAGAAGGGUUGGUUCUUCCACUAAGAGAUUCUUAUCUUCUUUCCUCUUUUAAUGAUACUUCUUUUUCUAUGUUUAUUUUUUGUACAGAUCCUAAUCAAAUCAUAGAUUUUAAAAGUCUUUUGACAUUUUUUUAGCAUUAAUAAGAACUUUGUAAAACACAUGUAAGAUUGUGUUAAAUGCAUUUCACUCGUUUUUGUGUCUGGGCAUUUAAUACAUGAUAAACCAUUGUAUGAAGGAACAUACAGAACAUCAGGCCUCAACAACCGGUGUGUGUGACUGGAACAACGAGAUGCCUUUACUGUGUCAGCCGUUCCAAUUUUGGGCCUUUCCUCCAGCUUUGGCUUUAUGCAUAGACAAAACAUAGAACAUGACUCGUGAACAGAGAACCAUGAACAUUACACAAGCAGGAUUCUAGAGACUUGAAAGUCUGUUUUGCUACCAAUUAUUUUUGUAUGGCGAGAAGGUGGCAGCAGCUGUUGUUACUGUCAGGUGUGGACAUACGAGUUGUAUUUUUCUACCUGUAGCCACGAGGCAGUUUCUGCUUUUACAAAGGGAAAUGUAGAUAAACGGAGGCUUGUAAAUACCCAGGAGUCAUUGUGUGUAGUGUGUUGGUGCCGCAUGCAGCUCGUAAAGCAGGAAGACGAGGAAGGAGUUUAAGUUUGAUAAAGAGUCUUAGUUUUGGUUCUUUGUAACUCCCACCGACGUGGACUUGUUUCAUCUGGUUCUGUAACACUAGACAAACCUUUACUGUUUUUACUGUGUUUAUUGACAUGAACCCAGCUUUGGUGCCACAGCAGCCUGUUCAGAGGCUGAACAUAAAGCCAUGUGACGUCGGACUUCGUGGGUGUCUUUAACCUCCACAUUCUACAGUGGGACGGUUUCAGAGGAAGUAGCAUCUACCGAUCUGAAGCAGCUUGGCUCUUUGUGGAGCUGCUGGUCCCAGUCCCAGGAAUCACCCAGUGGGAAGAUGCUCCUGAUGUCAGUGCUCGCGUUUCCCCUUUUAAAGUCGUACAGUAGUAAUUGUUUUAGUUAGUAGUGGUUUGUGCUUCUGCUCUUUUUAACCUUUUUUUCUCUGCCUAUAAAACCUUCGUGUUGCUUUAUGUUUCUCUUUAUUAUUGCUGGUCUGUGAAUAAAGUAUAUAUCUUGUGUGUUACCGA